AGUCAGUGCUCAAGAGGAUAAGGCCUCUCCAGGAAAUCAAGAUCGUAAGCAGUUUUAUAUAUUGUACUUCAGUUUAUUCAAUUUUUUAAAUUUAACAACAAUGUAUAAUGUUUGACGUUUUGUUACAGACACUUCACAACAGCAACAAUUUUUUUGUAUUUUUUGGGGAAAAUCCAACGGUGGCUCUAAAGCCAGAAAUAUUUUCUACACUCUCUACUUCCCCUAAUCUUCUAAGGAUCUUACGAUGUUUCAAAAGUUAAAAAUAAUAUUUUUCACGGCGUUCACUUCCACCAUGAGAUUCUCAGUGGUAUCUAUUUGAUGAGGAUCUUCACGAUAACUUUUCCUGGUCCAGUGCAGCAUUGAUGAUAACGUUCUUCACAUCUAUCGCAUUUAUCAACUUCCAAAUGGAUGGAGAGAAGGUGGAGUAACAUGGACUAUGGAAUUUAGAAAGAAUGAUGCCUGGGUCCUAGCUAAACUAAUGGGCAAGGUCGUGUGAAUCAACUCGGAGGUGUCUUUAUCAAUGGCCGCCCACUGCCGAACCAUAUCCGUUUAAAAAUCGUAGAGAUGGCAGCGGCUGGUGUCAGACCGUGCGUCAUCUCCAGACAGUUGAGAGUUUCUCACGGCUGCGUGUCGAAGAUCUUGAAUCGGUAUCAAGAAACAGGAUCGAUAAGGCCGGGUGUGAUCGGUGGUAGCAAACCGCGGGUCGCGACGCCGGAAGUGGAAGCGAGGAUCGAAGACAUGAAGAGACAGAAUCCAGGAAUAUUCAGCUGGGAAAUUCGCGAGAAAUUGAUAAAGCAGGAUGGUAUCUGUGACAAAGCGUCUGCGCCCUCAGUUUCCAGUAUCUCGAGACUUCUUCGUGGUCCUACGAAUCAGACUCGUCCUGGAGACGAUCCUCGAAGAAAUCAUUCCAUCGACGGAAUACUCGGAGGGAGCAGCGGCGACGACUCGGACACGGAAAGCGAGCCAGGAAUUGCGUUGAAGAGGAAACAGCGUAGAAGUAGGACUACGUUCACCGGCGAACAGCUUGAACAACUCGAGGCAGCUUUCCAUCGGACACAGUAUCCCGAUGUGUACACCAGAGAAGAAUUGGCUCAAAAAACGAAUCUAACCGAGGCACGCGUGCAAGUGUGGUUCAGUAACAGACGAGCCAGGCUUCGCAAGCAAUUAAACAGCCAACAGUUGAACGCUUUUAACACAAUGAGCUUGCAGUCGUUUCAAACGCAGCACUACGGUAGCAGCGCCGAGAGUUACCAGAGCUACGGCCAGGCAUCGGUGGCUGCAGCCGCAGCAACCACUGCCAGUUAUUCUCAACAUUACAACUAUAGCGAGAAUUACUACGCUGCUCAGCAACAAUGGCCGAGACCAACCGCGGAGAAUUAUGGGUUGUUCAACGCCUCUCACUACGGCAGCAGCAAUCUGGCUUCUAAUCUGACUUCCAGCAACUUGAACCUGGGCAGCCUGAGCGGUAGCGUCAGCCCCACAGCCUCGAACAUGAGCGCGUGCAUGGUCCAAGGCGCGUCCUCGGGGGUUCCAACCCCGGCAGGGAUAAACCACCACGUGACGCCUCACAGCCCCAGCGAGGCAAAGAGCGGCUACCCUUAUUUAGGGGGAAUCGAGUCGCAGGUCUGCGGCAGAGUUCACUGAACCGGUGGUGAAUCACGAUCAAAAUGGCGGAGAUGAAGAAACUUGAAAUUAAACGAUUGAAUUCCAUUCGAGCACAAAGAGAAAGUUGCUCGAAAGAGAGAGAGAUGUUGUAAAAUUUGUAAAAUUGUAGAAAUUUGUCUGUUUGGGAGAAAACGUGUUCGAGAAGAAGACGAGAGUUUCGGGGACGGAAACUCUCUUUUGUCGGUUCAACGCUGUAAGAGAUUCUAAUGAGCUUUAAAAAUAUGCGUUGAAGUGACUGGCCAUUUUCUGUGGUGGUAUUCGUUAGAAAUUUCCUGGAAGAUGCAGCGUUACUUUUGCAAGGAAGUGUUAGCGGCUACUUUUAACACCGAGUGAUAUAAAUAUUAAAUUCGUAGCACGCUGCUCCACACGGGAAAUCAAAUUGCAAUUCUGUACGCGACGAUACGCGAAUGUGUAUAUAUAACUAUAAUGCUAUUGCCGGUUUUUGUCGCCUUUUUUCUUUGUUUGUUUGUAGAGAUUUUAAAGUCGAAGCCGAGUUAAAGACUUGUCAAACGACGAGAUGUACAUAUCUAUCGAUUUAUUAUACGCGACACAAAGGAUAGUCCUUGCAGCUAUUUUCAUUGUUAGAAAGAAAACGCAUUGAAAUCGCAGUCUCGCGCAAUGUGUUUCAAAGUAAAUAUUUAAAUAUUUAAAGAUAACAAGCGUAACGUAAGAUGUACUAACAAUCGUGUGCCUUAACUUUGUUUUCUGCGAGAAUAUUAAAACGCACGUAGUUGUUUAAUAAACAAGUUGUUAAGAAGUCGUAAAGUUUAUUGGUAAGGUGCACGUACUAUCCAUUAUCCUCUGCGAGUUCAAUUCGCUCUUCAUUCUUCACUGUUUCAGGGAGAUCUAUCGAUCAUCGAUCCAAGAUACUAAAUAAAUCCUCCCGGAGAAAUUUAAAUGUAAUCGAACACCAAGAACAGAACUUUAAGAAAAUUAAGAUUACAAUUGAAUAAAAUUGAAUAAAAUUAAUUCCCAGACCUUCCAGAAUUUCCAACCUUUUUCACGAAAGUCAAAGUCAUCAUUCGUUGUUAUUUCCUUCCCUCAACGUAACGUGAAACUUACGAACUGAUAAUCCUUGUAAAUACAUCGUUUGAUAUCUAAUGUAGAGAUACAUGUUACAAUAAAGUAAGUUAAAAAAUGCCAACGAAAUAAAGUAUAUACUACAUAUUGACACGCAUAAUUUUCAGGUCGCACGGCGUCGGAAAGAGUUCAUUACUGCAUUUAUCAUUUAACCAGCAGUACACUUAGUGUUUCUCAAUAUUUUCGACAUUUAAUAAGAGUCCUAAACAAACGUAGAUGUAAAUUUGAACAAACAACACGUGUUCUUUCACUAAAUACACAGUAAGAUUAAAAAUUUUACGAAGUUUCUAAGCAGUUCAACAUUUUUGUGAUUGUUUAACAACUACUCAGGCCAUGAAUAAAUCCAACGUCUUGCAACUGCCUGUUUUCUCUUGCAAAUUAGAGUGAUCGUCG